GUGCAAUGCAUGCUGGAGAAUUCAGUUUAUCAAAAUAUAAGAUGUUACAGUGUUUAACCAGUUGAUCAAGAUGUUGGACCAGCAGCCCAUCAGUUCUCAUCUUUGUCACGUUCAUAACACCUAAAUAUGAUGAGCUUUCAAAUAUUGAUAAAACCAUUAUAAAAGCUAUGAUUGAUUCUGUUAUAUGAUACAUUCGCACCAUCUUCUUCGGCUCCUGUGAAACAGAUAUUUGGACGCAUGGUGUCAGUGCAAUAUUGAAAAUGUCAAACGCAUUAUUGGGUCAUCAUUUCGUUGUGGGUUCCACCCCUCCAGAACAAGAACUCGUCAGCGGUCUGUCUUAUUGUUCCUGAUCGCUUUGCGAACGCGUUGUAAACAGAGGCUCGCAAACAAUUUUGACUGCAUGUGCAUGUGCGCGUUUGGAAAAGUCGCGGUUGUUUCGGGGUCACACAUUUCGCGUUUCUAAUGGACUACUUGCGACUUCAGAAAUGAGGAUGGAACAAAGAGGACACAAGCAGCGCCAGGAGCGGGGAUCUGUGGUUGGAUUCGUGCUUGUUGUGCUGUGGUGGAGCGCAGCCUCGGCGCAGCUGCGAUAUUCGAUCUCCGAGGAGGUAAAAGGAGGAACUGCGGUUGGAAACAUAGCAAAGGAUCUGGGGAUAGACAAAAGCAUACUGAAAGAAAGGAAAUAUCGGAUUGUAAGAAGCGAUACGGAUCCUCUCUUUGACGUGAAUCAAAACGACGGAGUCCUUUAUGUGACCCGGAAAAUUGACAGAGAGGACGUGUGUGCCCAGAGCAGUCGGUGUGUGAUCAACAUCAAAACGGUGCUGGAGAAUCCAUUAGAGGUGCAUUAUGUGGAAGUGGAAAUUAUGGAUAUAAAUGACCAUUCGCCUGUUUUCUCGGAUGAAGAUGUAAUAUUAGAGAUUUCAGAGUCAGCGUUACCGGGAGCCCGAUUUCAGCUUAAACCGGCACAAGAUCCAGACAGCGGCCCGUUUUCCGUGCAGCACUAUAAACUCAGCCAAAACGAUCAUUUUCGCUUGGAGAUUAAGGAUAAAAGAAACGAUAUCAAAAUUCCAAUAUUGGUUGUUCAAAAACCUUUAGACAGAGAAACUGCACUGAGCCACACUCUGAUCCUAACAGCUCUAGAUGAAGGUAAACCUCCGAAAUUUGGUAAUAUGAAAAUACUAAUACAUGUUCUUGACAUUAACGACAACGCACCUGUUUUCUCGCAGAAAGAGUAUACUGUGACACUAAAUGAAAAUGUUCCACAGGGAACAACUGUCAUAAAGGUGAACGCAACUGAUUUGGAUCAGGGCUCAAAUGGUGAAGUGGUUUAUUCGUUCAGUAACAGCGUGAGCCCAAAUAUACUAAAUCAAUUUGAUAUUAAUUCAUUAACAGGUGAUAUAACUGUUAAAGGUGUGAUAAACUACGAGGAUAAAGACGAAUAUGAAAUUGAAAUACAAGCGUCAGAUAAAGGUUUUGCUCCUCUAACGACAGAGAAAAGCGUGAUUAUCAAGAUUAUUGACAUGAACGAUAAUUCACCAGAAAUUGAAGUUACUUCAUUUUCCAGUUCGAUUCCGGAAGAUUCCCGACCAGGAACAACAGUGGCUCUUAUCAGUGUGAAUGACUUAGACUCUGGCCACAAUGGAAAAGUAAUUUGCUCUCUUAAGGAAGAUGUUCCUUUUAGUUUAUCACCAGCUCUAAAAGAUAAAACAUUUUCUCUGGUCACCAAAUCUUCUUUGGACAGAGAGAAAAAAUCACAUUAUAAUCUCAUAAUAACUGCAAAAGAUGCAGGGGAGCCUCCACUGUCAUCAGUAAAGAUAAUUAGCGUUGUAGUGUCAGAUGUGAAUGACAACAGUCCAGAGUUUUUACUGAGCCCAUAUACUUUUUAUGUAACCGAGGGAAACAAUGCAGGCUCUUUGUUGUUUUCUGUUACAGCUAGUGAUCGUGAUGAAAAUGAAAAUGCACAUAUCUCCUAUCGUAUUGUCAGAAAGGGAAGUGAGAAUAACGAAUUGACCUCAUUUCUCAACAUAAAUUCGGAAACUGGAGAUAUCAUGGCUCUAAAAAGUUUCGACUUUGAAACCCUGAAAACAUUCCGGUUCCAAGUUGUGGCCUCAGAUUCUGGGACUCCGUCCCUGAGCAGCAACGUGACAGUGAACGUGUUCAUCCUGGACCAGAACGACAACGCUCCAGUCAUCCUGUAUCCAGUCAGCUCCAACGGUUCUGCUGAAGGUGUGGAGGAGAUUCCCCGCAAUGUGAACGCAGGACACUUGGUGACCAAAGUCAGAGCCUAUGACGCUGAUAUAGGAUAUAACGGCUGGUUGCUGUUUUCCCUGCAGGAAGUUACUGACCACAGCCUCUUUGGUUUGGACCGCUACACAGGACAGAUCAGAACCCUUCGCUCAUUCACAGAGACAGACGAGGCUGAGCAUAAACUGCUCAUCCUGGUCAAAGACAACGGCAACGUUUCCCUCUCAGCAACAGCUACUGUGAUUGUCAAGCUGGUGGAGCCCAAAGAGGCUUUUGCAGCUUCUGAUGUUAAAAGUGCAGCAAAGGAUGAUGAGGAUAAUAAUGUGACUUUUUACCUGAUGAUCACUCUGGGCUCAGUUUCAGUCCUGUUCAUCAUCAGCAUCAUCGUGCUGAUAGCAAUGCAGUGCUCCAAAUCCCCAGACUAUACUUCUAAAUAUCUCCAAGAGACUAAUUAUGAUGGGACCCUGUGUCACAGCAUCCAGUACAGAUCUGGAGAUAAACGGUACAUGUUGGUUGGACCCAGGAUGAGCAUAGGAUCUACUAUAGUACCUGGAAGUCAUGCAAACACACUAGUGCUCCCUGACAGGAGGAGGACGUCUGAGGAGGAAUGAUAUUAAAGACAGAAGAGGAUAAGCAGUUAAAGCUCAUAUGUAACUAACUUUGUACAUUUUAACAUUGUGUGUGUUUUGGGUAUAGAAACUUAUGUACCAUAGCUCUCAAUUGUUGUUUUCCUUUUUAAUCUUUUUUGUAUAUUUAUUUUUCUAUUAAUUUGAGCUUCUAAUUUCCAAUUGUAAUUCUUUGCAUUCUGUUUAUUAUAGUGAUAAAAUGCCUUAGCGCGUUAUCCCCUGAAACCUCUCCUGAUUAAAAUUUUCAUGAUAGAAAUAUGAGGAUGCACGGUGCAGUUAAACGUUUUUUGCCACCUUGUAGAUUUGUUUUUUUAUUCUUUUUGAUUUCACGAAUUUACUUAAAUGUUACAGAUUGUCAAACACGUUUUAAUACCAAACAAAGAUAACCUGAGAGAAUGCAAAAAAAAAGAAAAAAAAUCCCUUUUUAAAUUAUAAUUUAAUUUAUUAGAACAAAAAAAUCUUUAUGUGAAAAUACAAUUGUACUCUUCUUAAAUCAUUAAUAAAUAAUAAUAUGUAAUAAUAAUAUAAUCAAAUGGCAGUGGGUAAGGAUUAGGAUGUCCCCUUGUGUCAUAAUGAGCUUAAGCUCACACUGAAACAGACUGUCAGUAUUUCAACACAUGAUUGCUGGACACUUUCUACAAGGGGAUGCAAUGUGGGGCUUGGAGGUGCAGUGGGUGGGGCAUGGCAAGAUGCAAAGGUCAGGCUCUCUCAGGGGCUGUGGGGGUGGACACAAACUGUCUAUUUUUGCUAAAGUGCUGCACCAGUGAAUACUCUACAGCAGUGUUACAUUACCAAUGUAUGAGCAUCCCAGAUGGAGCCCAGGACAAAAAAAGUAUAGUUUGUGUAUGCUUAUGAACGUGUGUCUAUUUUUUUUCCCAAAAGUGUUACUAUGAUGUGAAUGGUUUAUUCAUUAAACUAGAGUUUUAGCAAAAUGUACGCAGCUCCAUAAUCUCAUGUUUCUUUUUGUAUCCCUGAACGAACAGGUUGUUGUGUAAAUGAGUGUAGGUGGGCGUGUAUGCGUGUGUCUUUGGCAAAAAAAAAACAAACAGAAAACAUCCUUCAUGGAGUUGCUAUGGAGAUGGGAGAGCAGUACACAUGGAGACAGGAAGCAGAAAAGGGGGAGGCUUGGCCUCAGAGCACAUUCAGAUGGCACCCUUCCCCCCAUCCACAGACAUCCGUGUGAAUGUUACAGUACACGCCUGUAAAACCCACACUUACUCCCAAUUGUGCACAGAGAUGACAGGUUUGCAAAGGAAUAUGAAGAAACAAUCAGACUGUGGUGACAGAAUACAUUUAGUUACUAAAUAUGGUAGAAGCUGAUCAAUAAUGUAGUGAAUAUGCCUAAAAUGUAAACCAGUCGUCUCCCCUGCUGCCCCCUCCCUUCUCUUAACACUCGCUGCUUCCCUUUAAGCAUGCUGCUCAUGAUGCUCCCUAUAGUAAAGAGUGAAACACAUUUAGAGAAACAGGCACAGAUAUUUAUACAUGUAUAGUUACCGGGGACAACGUUGUGUAUUUUUUUAAAACACUAUUUGUUCAUUAUUAAUUAUUCACCAUAUUCUAUUAUCAUACCUUCAGGGAGGUAGACUUUCACCACUGCAUACAUAGCUUUAAUAUUGACUCUCAAGCACUAAAGAAAAUAUUUACUCAUUUAUUUGAAAUGUUUUUUUUAGUAGAAAAAGAAAAUAAUUACUAAAACAAACAUAUACCUAUGCAUGUAUGCACAAAAUAUACACAUGCAAUUCUAUAAUUCUAGAGUAAAGAGUUUUAUGCUGAUUAUGUCCCUUUUCGGUGGAUGUUUCCCAGAAAAGCUGUAACACUGAGAAGGAAAUUAUGUGCAUCAUGACGUCAGGUUGCCCUUCAUAAGGCCUAAAGGCUUGUUCUCUGAUACAAAUCUUGUUUGACCAUAGCAGACUGCAAUACUUGGUGAUCUAAAUCAUAUAAACACUGUCAUGUCCCUGGUGUUAAAUCACAGAAUGUUUUACAUGUGUAAAUGUUUUGUUUAAAUGUUAUUGUGUUUUAUUGACAUGUUUUCUGUGUUUGCAAGAUCGAUCGUCUUGCACAUUUUCUUUGAAGAAAAAUAAAUAAUGCUGAUGACCUGUCAGACCAUCAUGCAAACAUC